GCUUUGUUCAUCUGAGCGUUCAGGAGUUUCUUGCUGCUUUAUAUGCAUUUCUCAACAGAAAAAUUCCAAAAGAACAAUCCACUGAACAACAAACCAGUAAACUCUUCAAGUUUUUAAGCAAGUCAACAAUGACUGACUUCCUCAGCAGUGCCAUAGACAGAGCCUUACAGAGUGAAAGUGGACACCUGGACCUGUUCCUUCGUUUCCUUCUGGGUCUCUCACUGGAGUCUAAUCAGACUCUAUUAGGAGUGUUGCUGACCCCAACAGAGAGGAUCUCUCACAGCAAUAAAACAGUCCAAUACAUCAAGGAGAGGAUUGAGGAGAACUCAUCUCCAGAGAAAUCCAUCAAUCUGUUCCACUGUCUGAAUGAACUGAAUGAUCAUUCUCUGGUACAGGAAGUGCAGAAAUACCUGAGUGGAGGUGGUGAGCGUCGUCUUCAAAAGGCCAGGCUCUCUCCUGCUCAGUGGUCAGCUCUGGUGUUUGUGUUGUUGAACUCAGAAGAAGAGCUAGAGGAGUUUAACCUCAGUAAAUAUGAUCCAUCAGAGGAGUGUCUUCUGAGACUGCUUCCAGUAGUUAAAAUAUUCAGAAGAGCUGUACUAGCUUCAUGUAAUCUUGGAGUAAAGACGUGUGAAAAUCUGGAAUCAGUUUUAAACCUGGAAAACUCCUCCCUGAAAGAGCUGGACCUCAGUAACAACGACCUGCAGGAUUCAGGAGUGGAGCUGCUCUCUGCUGGACUGAAGAGUUCACAAUGUAAACUGCAGAUUCUCAGAUUAUCUGGUUGUAUGAUCACAGAUAAAGGCUGUUGUUCUCUGGCUUCAGCUCUAAUUGCGAACCCCUCCCACCUGAAAGAGCUGGAUCUGACCUACAACCACCCAGGAGAGUCAGGAGUGAAGCUGCUUUCUGCCAGACUGGAGGAUCCACACUGCAAACUGGAGAAACUCGGAGUGGAACAUGGAGGGAAGAUCCGAAUCAAACCUGGAUUAAAAAAAUACGGCUGUGAUUUCACUCUGGAUCUGAACACAGUGCAGUGUAAUCUCUCUCUGAGUGAGGAGAACAGGAGGGUGGAGUUUAGAGCGGAGCUGCAGUCGUAUCCUGAUCAUCCAGAGAGAUUUGAUGGGUGGUGUCCGCAGGUUCUGAGUAGAGAGAGAGUUACUGGUGUUACUGGACGCUGUUACUGGGAGGCUGAGUGGAGCGGAGGAGGAGCUGAAGUAGCUCUGAGUUAUAAAACCAUCAGCAGGAAAGGAGGAGGAUCAGACUGUGGGUUUGGAGGGAAUUUAAACUCCUGGAGUCUGUUCUGCUCUGAUUACAGAUACUCUGUUCUUCACAAUAAUAACAGAACUGAUCUCUCCACUCCUCCCUCCGGCUGUAGGAGAGUAGGAGUGUAUGUGGACUGUCCCUCCGGCACUCUGUCCUUCUACAGAGUCUCCUCUGAUACACCCUCACACACACACACACACACACACACACCCUCACACACUCUCACACACUUACACACAUUCUACACCACCUUCACUCAGCCCCUCUAUGCAGGGAUUAGGGUUAAUCCUGGCUCCUCAGUGCGUCUGUGUAAGAUAGAUUAACCCUGUGUGUAACAGAGAUUCGAUGUGUGUGUGUGUGUGUGUGUGUGUGUGUGUGUGUGGGAGGGAGAAUUGGUAUAUAAGUAUGUAAAUAUUUUAUAUAGAUGAUUUUGUAUUUUUUUCCAGAACUUUUAUUUUAAUUACUGUUAUCUUUAUUC